UUAAAAAAGAAAUCUUCGCCGCUAAAGUUUGUGCCCCUCGGAUUCAAUUCGCCUGAGCAAAAUAGGAGGGGGCGCAAAAAAUAUUUGCAAAAUUACUGCAGUGCGUGCAGGUAACAUUUACGAAAGAAACAAUAUGCAGCUGCAAUAAUAGAAUGCUUGACUAAAUCGAUUACAGUCUCUGCGUCUCAUCGAAGAAGAACCUUGCAGCAUGUUUCAUCAAACGUGGAUGUUCGGUGUACGGGUGUUCGAUGCCCUACUUAAACCCAUCCUUUUCUCUAUUUUCUGGACCCUAACACACAAUGAGGUUGCUGAGUAUUGUGUCAUUUGCAGGAGCACUUGCUCUCGCAGCUGGUAAGCAAAUCACAGGUGUUUUCACCGAGCUUGAUUCUAUUACUCCAAGCANUAUACCAGCGGUUGAAUUCGCUACUCCUGCAACACCCAGUUGGUUUGCAAAUUUAAGUUGGCAAAUGAAUUCCACUUUUGUUUCCUCUGGAGAUACAUUCAGACUUCAAAUGACUUGUGUCUAUGCAGUUACUCUGGAAAAAGAUACUUUCGAAUUGAUAGCUGAAGGCAAAACAUAUGCUAUAUGUUCAAUUACGAACGCUGAACUGUCGAAUCGAUUCACCAUCUUGGAUUGUACUGUCACCGAUGAGAUAAAUAACGGAGAUGUGGUGGAAGGCAGGGCAUUCAUUCCUGUCACUUUUAAUGUUGGAGGACGAAGCAAUGCUGUUGAUGAGUACUGUGCGACAAGCUUAAUACCAGGAAUUCUGCCAACUAAUGGGCUUGCCUUCAUCGAUGGUACUCGUUCAUUGAACACAAUGACUAAUUUCGGCGGCAAUCCAGAGUAUGGUAGAGCCAUAUCUGACCUGAGUAGCAUUGUCCGGUAUGUCCCUUCGACUGAUAGUUUUGAUGGAUAUGCGGUAGGUUCAAGUUUUUGCGGGGAGGGUUCCACCUUUAAUGAACUCACCUUGAUGGUGCCUGGGGCCACCAUUGAUUGUGCUUCCGUUAAAUUACACGUUUCUGACUCAUUCAACUCUUGGAAUCUUCCUGUANUUGAUUUUGAUGAGGAGAUAUACUCCGAAUGCUCAUCCGAAAGAAUCUACAUCAGAACUGACGCUACUUUGGGGGCCGGAACUGCUCCAUACGUUGAAUAUCAAUUUACCAAACCUGGCACUGAUGAUAUACAAACUAGUGUUGUCUCUCACGCCGUAUGUAUCGGUCUGCGUAAUGUGGAUCAAGAAUUCGAAACACGUUUGGCCCGAAGGGUUACCCAGGAACCAGGUUCCAGCGGUCGUAUUAUUCCAAGACCAAAACCAACAAGUACUAUCACUACUCCAUGGACCGGUACAUUCACCACCACUGUCACCAGAACCGGUACCGACGGAACUGACACUCUUGUGAU